AUGCAGCGACAGGAGUCUGCUGUCUUUGAUGUCACAGAGCACACAGACAUGGCAUGUCCACUUGUGGAGCCCAUUGUCAAUUUUCCAGCUAAUAAAACUUUUGGACCUGCAAGUCCUGGACUCACCAGCGUACCUAAUGAUAUGACAUUUACACAGGAUGGUGCCACUGGAAAGAUACCUAUACAUCCAUCACCUAAAUUUAAGAAUGAUAAUCCAUCCUUUUCCAAAAUCAAUCCAGAGUCUUCUUUCCCCAGUCAGGAAACUCCGCAUGAUAUGAAAGUGACACAGGACAAUCCAGCUGUUCCGCUCAAAUCCAUUCUACUGCUGCCACCAAAGAGAAGUCAGAGCAUGAAAAUUCCUGGCAAACAAGCUGGUAGACACCAUGUAACAGAGUCACUAAGAAAUCAGAAACAGUGGCUGGAUCUUUCCACAAGUGAAGCAACAAGAGAAGCAAAACUCGGCUCAAAAUUUAUGGGUUCUGUUUCAUCUGCCCCAAAGUAUCCUAAAGUUUGUGGAAAGAAGGACAUGCAACCCAUGAGCAUAGGGUGUGAGAAAAAAGCCAAGAGUGACAUUACAUUUAGACAAGAUGUUCUAGUUUCAAAAAGAUUCACCAAAGAUUUGUGUUCAGAAGCUCCUGUGAAAGUAAGGGAUCCAAAAGGCUUCAACUUAACAGCUGCCACUUUAAAUGCUUCCUUGGGUAAUGUCAGUCCUCAGAGCUCAGAGAGUGAGAAAGGACACAGGCGCACUGACUCCUCAUCGGGUCAGUCAGGACAUGAGCGGUAUGAAACACCAAGGGCAUCAUUCAAGCGGCCAGAACUGCCACCGAAACCUACGUUUUCCCAUGUCAUCCUGCCAGCACUGGAAUCCAGCAAAGCCAUGGGUGGAUGGAGUCCCAAGCCCAGACAGUUCACUUUCCUGCCAGAGCUGAUGAAUUCUGUAGGAGCAGAGUCAAGCUCAGGGUCUGAACAAGAAGCUGCCUUGUCUAGUAAAAGAGUUGUUCAAGGCAGAAGAAACUUGAGAAAGACCAAAUCUCGAGGGAAAGGUAAAGGCAGUGAAGGAAGCAUCACAUCUCCAAUGGUACUGGCAGCUGAUUUUGCUUCUAGUAAACAAAGCGGAGGUUCUGAUUUUGGGAUCAUAAUCCACCCGGUGCCCACCGGUAUCAACCCAGAUGAUCAUACUAUGCCUGAAGAAUAUCUUAGUUGA